AUGCAUGUAUUCAGCUAUCUAUUCAAGGACAAGGUAUCCUUUAGGAAAAAGAACAUAAUGGGAUGCCUUUGCUCAAAGGGAGCCAAAGAUGACCCCAAUAAGGACAAAAACCGGAAGAAGAAAUGCAAAGGCAAGGCAUCAUCAAUGCAAGUGGUUGCUCCUUUACCCUCUCAAGAAGACGAUGGGUCCGAAAAGGUCAGUGAUUGUGAUCAACAAGAUGCAGCCGAAUGGCCAUCAUGGCUAUCUUCAGUUGCAGGAGACGCUGUUAAAGGAUGGAAGCCUCGUCGUGUUGAAUCUUUCGAGAAGUUAGAAAAGAUUGGUGAAGGAACUUACAGUAGAGUAUAUAAGGCCCGUGAAAUAGAAACCGGCAAAAUAGUUGCCAUGAAGAAGGUUAAGUUUGUUAAUAUGGAUCAGGAGAGUAUUCGUUUCAUGGCUAGGGAAAUCGUUAUUUUACGGAAGCUUGAUCAUCCGAAUGUUAUGAAGCUCGAAGGGAUCGUCGCUUCGCAGACGCCGCGCAACUUGUUUCUUGUUUUCGAGUACAUGGAACAUGACCUUGCAGGGCUUGCAGCAAGUCCUGGCAUCAAGUUCAAUGAACCACAGAUUAAAUGUUACAUGCAACAACUGUUUAGUGGCCUCAAACACUGCCAUAGCCGUGGUGUCCUGCACAGAGACAUCAAGGGCUCGAAUCUUCUGAUCGGCGACAGUGGAGUUCUUAAGAUUGCGGAUUUCGGUUUGGCUAGAUGCUUUCAGGCUGAUCCGAAGCAUCCGCUAACGAGUCGCGUUGUAACUCUUUGGUACAGGGCACCCGAGCUUUUGCUCGGUGCCACCAAAUACGGAGUCGGUGUAGAUUUGUGGAGUGCCGGUUGCAUACUUGCUGAGUUAUUUGCUGGGAAGCCUAUUAUGCCUGGGAGAACGGAGGUUGAACAAAUGCAUAAGAUAUUUAAGCUGUGUGGUUCACCCUCAGAGGAGUUCUGGAAGAAAACAAAACUUCCACAUGCAACAAGUUUCAAACCUCAAAAGCCUUACAAUCGCCGGAUAGCCUCAACUUUCGAAAACAUGCCUCCGUCUGCACUGUCUCUUGUCGAAAAGCUCCUUUCGUUUGAACCCAAUAAUCGAGGGACCGCUGCCUCAGCACUUAAAUCUCAGUUCUUUAAAACAGAGCCUUUACCUUGUGAUCCAUCAAGCUUGCCAAAGUAUGCUCCCAGCAAAGAACUAGACAUCAGACGUCGUGGCGAUGAAGCAAGAAGGAAAAGAGCAGAGACUAUAAAGGGGAGAGGACCUGCAUCUGUUAGAAGAGGUCCAAGAGGUUUUAAGGCAGUGUCUACACCAGAAUCCAUUGCUGAUGGACAGUCAAAUUGUGAUGCAGAUUCUACAGGAUACAGCUGCGAGUUAACAACACACAUGUCUCAGGCAGCCAGCAGUUCCCUUAAGCAAGGUGUCAGAGCAUCCAACAAAGGUUCUGCAUCGGCUUAUGCACCAAGGAAGAACAAGAUCCAAUACUCAGGACCAAUGGUGCCUGCUGGAGGAAACAUCGAGGAUAUGCUGAAAGAACACGAGAGGCAAAUCCAGCAGGCUGUACGAAAAGCACGUCAUGACAAGUGAGUAUCUUAUAACAGUUGCAUCAUAAUGGACAAGAUUUUCAGAAAAAUGGGAGAAGCUCGGUCCGAACCCGUGUAAACCUACUUGUACAUAGCCAGAACAACACACACUGAGAUUAUGAUGCUACAUAGAACUUGGAUGGUGAGAGUUUUUGCAGUGCUUGAUGAAGUUGUUCAAAGUUGGAGGAAGGAAUUUGUUGGGUUACUAGCAAAGCAUGUAUUUCCGUAUAGUUGGAUGGGGUAAGCACAGCUAUUGGCUAAAGUUGCCCUCUCGUGUAUAUUUUUUCUUCCCAAUAUCUAAAA